AUGAUCCCUCCCGAAUCUGACGAUAUCCCAUUCAAGACCACCAGUCUUAGCUUCGGAUUAUCUCGCGAAGAACUGGGGGCACCGCUAGAUGAUUUCGAUACGCGCAGUCAUGCAAGUUCCCGCGAUCCCGGUAGCACACAAACCGCGGACCCCGCAACAGGACCCGACAGUGCAUUAGAAAUGCAACAGGAUGAUGCUACAAGAGAUGAUGUCGGAGAUGGUCAAAACUCGGCUUUGGAUGAUCACGAUAAGCCAUCAUGGAGCGAAAUGAAGACCAAGGCUGGGAAAGAGCGGAAACGACUGCCUCUUGCCUGCAUCGCUUGUCGCCGAAAGAAAAUUAGAUGCUCCGGCGAAAAACCCGCUUGCAAGCAUUGCACACGAUCACGGAUUCCUUGCGUAUAUAAAGUCACCACCAGGAAGGCGGCGCCCCGAACCGAUUAUAUGGCUAUGUUGGAUAAGCGGCUGAAGCGGAUGGAGGAACGUGUGAUUAAAACAAUUCCCAAGGAGGAAACGAGAGACAUGACUUCAAUUGGAAGAUCAAUUGUCAAACCAACCUUAUCAAGUCUAGCUUCAAAGACACAGAAAAAGCGAAGCGCAGACGAGGCUUUCGCAGCCGAAAUGGAAGAUUGGGCCCGUCCAGACCGCCGUCCGCCGCAUGAGACAAAUCAGUUGAAUACAGAGACCAAGUUCAAUGAUGGAACCGGUAUUUUGACCGAGGGCGCUGAGUUUUUGCCCUCCAUGGAAAUUCAAGAGCACCUGGCCGAGGUAUUUUUUGACUGUGUUUAUGGACAAUCAUAUCUCCUUUUGCAUAAGCCCAGCUUCAUGCGACGUCUCAAAGCGGGCUCGAUUCCCCCAGUUCUUAUUCUCGCUGUUUGUGCAGUAUCUGCUCGUUUUUCUACCCAUCCGCAGCUCAAUUCAGAACCAGCCUUCCUGCGCGGCGAAAAUUGGGCCAAUCCAGCUGCAGCCAUCACUCUUAGUCGACACGACGAACCCAAUAUAACAAUUUUGACGGUUUUCCUCCUUCUUGGACUACAUGAAUUCGGCACGUGUCAUGGAGGAAGGAGUUGGUCCUAUGGAGGACAGGCAUUAAGAAUGGCGUAUGCUUUGCAACUUCACCAAGAGCUUGAAUGUGAUCCAUUGCUUGGUCAAAAUAAUCACAGCUCCCAAUUGAGUGCUACUGAUCGAGAGAUUCGGCGACGGACGAUGUGGGCAUGUUUCAUGAUGGAUCGCUAUAAUUCUUCGGGAAGCCAGCGCCCACCCAUCGGAAAUGAAAAGUUUCUCCACAUUCAACUUCCUAUCAAGGAACCACACUUCCAGAUGGAGAUUCCCGGUCCUACAGAAGACUUGGAUGGCAAUGUGCUUAACCCUGUACCUGAGGACUCUGGCCAACUGUCCGAUGCCAAGGAGAAUAUGGGUGUAUCCGCAUACAUUAUUCGAGCAAUUGUCAUUUGGGGUCGAAUUGUUGAUUAUUUGAACCUUGGUGGAAAAAGGAAGGAUACACACCCUUUGUGGCAUCCAGAAUCAGGUUAUAUACGACUAAAGAAGCAGCUUGAAGACUUCUCCUCCACACUUCCGAACGCCCUUGCCUUCACAUAUGAAAACCUUCAGAUUCAUGCAGCCGAGAAGAUCGCCAAUCAGUUUAUUUUCCUCCACAUCAUUAUACAUCAAAAUAUGCUGUUCCUAAACCAGUUCGCCAUUCCUCUCUCUCCCGGUGGGCGACCACCCAGAGACAUGCCCAAGGCAUUCCUCAGCAACGCUGGCCGAGCAGCUGUGGAAGCAGCCCAUCACAUCUCUGUCCUCUUCGACCGGGCAUCAGCCUACCCACUCACUGUCCCUUUUGCAGGGUAUUGCGCAUAUAGUGCCAGUACUGUCCAUAUCUGGGGUAUCUUUUCCAAGAACGUGCAACUCGAGGCUCGAUCAAAAGAAAAUCUCCGACACACAUAUCGCUACCUGAACAAAAUGAAGAAAUAUUGGGGAAUGUUCCACUACAUGGUGGAAAGUGCCAAAGACCGCUAUCGGCAGUUUGCCGAUGCAGCCAUCAAGGGAUCUGUAGCAAGCCAGAAUGGAAGCACUCUGGCACCUAUGUUCCAAUAUGGUGACUGGUUUUCCAAGUAUCCUCACGGUGUAUCGAGGCUGCAUUGGGAAGACCCAGACUUGAGAAAUAAGGAUACCGGUGAGGACGCGGUUAUGGGCCAGAAACCUGACCUACAAAGCGUAGAGGAUUUCUUCGCCAGUCUAUCCCCGACACCCCAGUCUGCUCGCCCCCGUAAAACACGAUCGCGCAAGAACAGCAAAAUCUCUGACAGUUCCUCAAACAUUGGCCAAAACUCCCCAAUGGACAUGACAAUGGUGAACACACCAGGUAUACCUAGUAGUUCAUUUCCCCAGUCAUCCAUGUUCGCACAGAAUCGAGCAGGCGUACCGUAUAGUCAAUUCGACUUAAACAUCGCGCCAGAUCAGCUGCCUCAACUCGACCGACAAUUUGUAUAUGGAUCCUUUCAAGAGUUUGAUCCCAAUAAUUUCAUGCCAACAAGUAAUUCCGUUAUUCCGGCUGGUAGCGGUGUCGAAACUCAUGAUACGGAGCAAGCUCUCUAUACUGGUCAUCUUGACCCGGGUGCACCAGCCGGCACCGGUGAAUUCUACCAGCCCAGCGCGUGGUUCCUGCCCUUCAAUCUUGACCCAGCCGGUGCCACAACUGCUUCUAAUACUUCAGGUCCUGCGGCAGGUCAACCCUCGGCGCCAGUCUCAGCCGGCGCUCCUACUUCUGCGCCUGUUUCCGAUAUGUCUGGCUUUGGCUCUGGCCUUUCAUUGGGCUUUGACCUACAUUUGGGUGGACAAAACUCGCGGCAUGGAUAG